AUGCAGCUCUCAGCACUUUUGUUCACUCAACUCCCGCAAUACUUACUCAACCUCACCAAUCCCUCUGCUACUCCUCUGUCCGCUUCUAUCACCAAUCCAAGCUUGCCGAUAUUGCCUGAGGAUAUGGCCGAGACAAGGUUUACUCUUCCGGCUUUGCCGUAUGCUUAUGACGUGAGCUCCAUCUCAUUUGAUUUUAAUGUGGGGCCCUUCGAGAGGGUGGGGGGGGGGUCUCUUGGAUGGCGUUGAGGGGCUGGGUUUGCUCUCGAGAUCUCGCGGGAGCUUGUUUGGAUGAUUGUAUUCUAUCAUACGGUUGACGGAUGCGAUUUUCCGCAGCUUGAAUAGUUUUCCCAAUUUUUUUUUGGAUUUGGAAAGCGGGACUCAAAGAACCCUUGUGACUUACAGCGCUCUGCAGGCGUUGGAACCUUACAUCUCGGGCCAAAUUAUGCGGAUCCAUCACUCCAAACAUCACCAAGCCUAUGUCAACAACCUCAACGCUGCCGCUGCAAACCACGUUAGGGCCCUUCAAGAAAAUGACCUUCAUGCCCAAAUUAAUCUCCAGCAGGCUAUGUACUGUACCUCCCGCUUGUUUGCCCGUGGGAAAUCCCAUACUGACUAUGCAACAGUAAAUUUAAUGGAGGCGGACAUAUCAACCAUUCUCUAUUCUGGGCCAAUCUCACACCGGCCAAUACAUCCCAGGCCAAACCAGAGUCGGCACCUAAGCUUGCGGAAGCGAUUUCGGCCAAGUACGGAAGCUAUAGUGGGUUCAAGGAUGAGUUCACGGGCGCGCUCCUGGGGCUACAAGGCAGCGGGUUCGUGCGCGAAAGCUCAUGUCUAGUGCUAAUGACAUCUGUUUGAUUAGAGUUCUGAUAUUUUGGUGAAUAGUUGGGGCUGGCUCGUGAAAAACAAAAAGACCGAGCAACUCGGCAUAGUCACCACUAAGGCUAGCCCCCUAUAGGCUUGGAUCUUCCUGAUGAUCACUAAUGGAUUUGGGAGAUAGGACCAAGAUCCUGUUGUCGGUGAUCUCGCGCCUAUCUUUGGUAUUGAUAUGUGGGAGCAUGCGUACUAUCUUCAGGUGACAAUUGCCUCUGUCAUUUGGGCUCUAGGACUAAUGAAAGCAGUACUUCAAUGACAAAACCUCUUAUGUUGACGGGAUCUGGAACAUCAUCAAUUGGGAUACCGCCGAAGGAAGGUACUUGGACCGUUGCGGAACGUUGAAAUUGUAGGCACUAGCGGAUUUUUCUUGUGAAUGG